AUGACAAGGCUAUUACCGAGCAGAAUCCCACACCAACCGGACUUAACCAGGCUGUGCAAUGCCAUUUCGCCAAGGUUGCUACCAAGCAGCACAUCUGGCAGAAUAGCCGUUGGAAUUUCCGCUGCUCUCCUUGUCGCCUUUCUCCACCUCCUCCUCUCUCCCAUCUACUCCUCCUCCUCCCCCUCCUCCUCCACCUCCUCUGCCUCCUCCUCCCCCUCUUCCUCCCUUUCAUCCUCUCCCUCGUCCCCCGUUGUCCAAUCACCUUCAUCCACGUCAGCACACGACGACCUCUCCAUCCUCCUUGACAGCAAGCUUGGGGACCAAAGUUUUGCGUCUCAGGCAGAUUCGGGCUGGGAACGCAAAGGGGAUGACGUGGCUGAUGAUGAUUGGUCGUUGUACCCUGAUUUGGGUGAGAGUUCCCCCCUGCUGCGUCUGCUGCAGCAGCACAACCAGGACGCGGCCUAUUGGCUUCAAGAUAUGGACAGGCGGUUAGAGAGGGAUGCAGCACACCUCAACACCGUUCUUGACCGAGCCAUACAGCAACUGAGCGAGGAGAGGGAUAAGGCAGACACUCAGGCAACGGUGGUGGAUCAAGCGACAGCAGAGGCGAUUCUUAGAGCGCCCAGCAUAGAGGCGGCAUCUGCUGUGCUAAGAAGCUUGCAGGCCACCACUGGACUGGAGAAGAGGUUUCAAGCCGCGUUGCAGAUCUACCAGCAAUGGGACAGGGAGGUGGCGGUGAGGCAGUUCAUGCUGGGGCGACUCAAGGAGCUGGACGGGUACCGGCCGUUGCUGAAAGACUUGGGGAUCUCUGCCGCCCAGGCCAACGCUACUGCCGAGGCCAUGGAUACUAAGAACCCCAAUAAGACACGGCUUGAAGCCUUCGUCAUGUGGUAUCAGCUCUACUCCUUCUGGUUCGACCGAGAGGGGCCCGACCACCCCUCCGCGUCAGCAUUCGUCGCUGAUGCGCAAUCCGAUCGGGACGCCAGCCUGGCACGUGCCACGUCAGCAUCGACCACUCUCCGGCGGAUUCAGGAUAGGCUUUUAGGGGAUUGCGGGCUGCGGUUACCACACAGUAAUUGGACGGCACAGCAGGACGAGUUUCUGGCUUGGUUUCACACUGUAGCUGCCGCAGCUGGUGCCGAGCCUCAGUGCAUGGACUGGGAGAGGCUCGAACCUGGGCUCGGAAUGGUCGGCUAUCGGACGGAUAAUAUGACAAAUCUUGCCGCCCCAACAACCGGCAAAAUCGUCAGCUUCUGGGCGGAUUUGGCUCGAGAGGAGGAUGAGGUGGAGAGAAAGAAGAGGAGAGACCCAGAGACGGGAGUGGGGAUGCAUUUCACAGGGCUGGUGACGGGGAUGCCUCUGGUGGUGCGGCGGAACGUGUUGAGGCGUCUGGGUGGGCUGGAUGAGGCUGAUGACCGGGAGGGUCCGUGCAUGGGUGGGCUGGAUGAGGCUGAUUACUGGGAGGGCGAGGCAGUGAUUGUGUCGGACUGGCAGCUUGCUACUCGUGUGAGGCUGUCUGGUUACUACGUGAGGUUUUCAACCCAUUCGGAGUAUAAGGAUAGCAGCAAGGAGGGGUGUGCUGAGAUGCAUGGGAGUGGGGAUGCCUUCCUUUCCCUCCAUCAUGCCAUACCUUCCCUCCAUCGCACUCACCCUUCUGCUCCAUCACUCUCCCUUCCCCUUAUUGAAAUGAUGAGCACCACCAGGUUGCUCGUCUGUACCUUCGCAAAGGAUCCUCUGGUGAUGCUGGCAACUUUGAUCGCAUUUCCAGAACUGGUUACCGCCGCGUAA